AACGUACACCAAAUAUUAGUUGUGAAUCUCAUGGUUGACAGAAAAUAUUUCAGUAGUAGCUGCAUACGUAAUGCAUAGAACCAAAUAUUCCAUAACUGGUUAGGAUUUUGCAUAGCUAUGCAACCAAUAUAUAAGUGACAUUCUUUGAUAACUACGCAGCCCGAUUAAACGGUGUGAAUAAUUUAAUACAAACGAGCAGAAUUACCGUGAUAAUUUUAAAAUUUUAAAAAUAAUUGUUUAAAAUGCGGACAUUUCUUAUCAUACUAAUAUUGGUGAAUUAUCUGCGGCCAACGGUUUCGAUAUCUUCUGAGGAGUUUAUUUUUGACGAUGAGGACAGUCAGAACAAAACAGUUUCAGAAGAAUUUCUACUCUUCACUACGAAACCGGGCAGUGCAAUAGAGAAAACUUUCGUCGAUGGGGAUGAUUUCAGUGAUCAUGGUCCAUCGGGAAGUGACGUUGAGAAUCUGAGUUGCGAUGAGCACGCUAUGAAAAAAGUUGCAGAGCUUCAUUGUUUUAAGGGUGCACGAGGAGACACCGGACAGAAAGGUGAUCUGGGACCAAUGGGAGCUCAGGGCAUCAUUGGAGAGAAAGGUGAACCCGGUGUAACAAAGGAAGGUCCCCCAGGCGAGAAAGGCGAUCCGGGUGUUAAUGGAGAGCAUGGUCGCAAAGGACAAAAAGGGGAAUCCGUCUAUAAUUUAUCACCACUACAUGGUCGCAGAGGAGCAAUGGUAUACAACAACAGGGCCGAAUUAUUAAAGAUUGAGAAAUUCACCAAGCCAGGAGCCAUAGCAUAUGUCAAAUCUGACGAAAGAUUUUACGGAAAACUUGGAAAUGGUUGGGCACCUUUUCUCAUGGGAGAUAUUAUCGGGAAAAAAGGUACCCAUGACUAUUCUGCCUGGCAGCGUCAUCCGCAGAUCACGUAUAGAUCUUCUCGAAAGUCAUCUUUAUUUCGACCCGCGACAAGAACGCAUAAAUCUGAACUUCAAAACACAACUCUGCGCCUCAUAGCUCUGAACGACCCGUGGACUGGGAACAUGAGUGGCAUCGACUUCAUCAACUACGAGUGCCAAAAGGAAGCUUAUGAAUCAGGCGUCUCAGGUUUAUUUAGAAGUUUCUUGUCGUUUCCCAAGGACAAUGGAAUGAAAAUAUCAGCCAUUGGGAAAAGUCCAUAUGAUCGGAUCGUUAAUUUGAAGAAUGAAACUUUGUAUAAAACUUGGAAGAGUAUUUUCAAACGCUCAAAGGUUUCCGAGUCCAGUAAAACAACAUCCAACAACGGCACGUUAUUUCCAUAUGUGUAUUCCUUCAACGGAAGGAAUGUCAUUUUGGACGAUCACUGGGAUGAGAACUUGGCUUGGCAUGGCAGUUUUGAAACGGGGGAUGGUUCAUUCACUGGUUCGUGUAAAAGCUGGACUACAAACGCCUCCAACAUGACAGGACUUGCAGGCGAUUUCCUUUACAAUCACAUGUUGGACCAAAAAAGAAUCCCUUGCAACAGCAGCCUCAUCGUGUUCUGUAUCGAAAUUUCGCAAAAUUUGGCGAGGAAACAUAUCUCAAAUUUAUUGGAUUUGCCAGAAGACUCAACCAAAAGUGUUCAUUUGUCGGAUGAAGAGCACAAAUUGGUUUUAGAGAAGUAUGAUAACGAGUGGGACGAGUUGACAAAGUCCGACCACAAUCGACAUUUUCACUAAACUAUACAUUCUAGAACUGUGCAUACUUUAAUUGUGUAUCAAUGUAUUCAAUGUGUUCAAUGUUCUUCGGAGCUACAUAAUUAAUAAAAGUUGUUGUAUCUAAAUGUCA